AUGUCAGAGGAUUCGGAUUUUGAUGAGGAAGCUCACACAAAGCUAUUGAACACUAUCAAUAGCUUGGGCAAUAAUCCAAAAAAAGGGCCAUUGAUUAGAAAGUGUUCGAAGAAGGUGCAAGUUAAAGAACUAGUUGAUUUGAUACGAUCUACAAAAAAUGUUGACGACGUGAAAAAGAAAUUGGUAACGAAGAGGCAAGGGAAGACAGUGGGAAAGGAUGAACCGAGAACUUUGCAAGCUCCAUCUCAUAGACUGGUUCGCGAGAGGAUUGAAAGUUCCAUUGCAUACAGUGAUAUCCGGAAGGAUUUGGAGGAAUGGGCAUCAAUUGUUAAAAAAAAUCGGCUUGCUGAACAGCUAGUAUUCCCACUCACUGAAGACCCACCAGUCCAGCGGACAGCGUCAGAUUUAGUGCUCUUUUUCAAGCCAAGGACAUCGAUGGAAGUAGAAUUAGCCAAGCUAUUGAAAACAUCAAACAAUAAUCUUCGUGAUGGCGAGGAAUAUACGGAAGCUGAGUUAGAAUUAAUAAGGGCAAUGAGUCUGAAAGAGGCAAGAGCAAAGUGGGUUCAGUUGAAGAAAAUGCGAGCUCUAGUGGGUUAUCGAGAAGCAAAACUAAAGCGACAAGCUAAAAUAAAAAGCAAAUCAUAUCAUCGACAUAUGAAACGUCAGAAGAGAAAGCAGAUGAUUAAAGAAUUUGAAGAAAUGAUGGUGAAGAAUCCGGAGGCUGCCAAAGAGAAACUCGAAGAAAUUGAUCGGCAGCGCAUCCUGGAACGAGCGACCUUAAAGCAUCGCAGUGGAAAAGGUGUCCAACAGUUGUCAAGGUACGCGAGUAAAAAUAAGAAUUUCAAAAAAGUAUACGAGGAGCAAAUAAGACUGGGAAGAGAACUGGUCGAAAAACAUGGCCUUGAAAAAGAUUCGGAUUGCGAUUCUGAAACAGAAAGUACAAAUGCAGUAAAACUGACCAGCGCCAAAAUGCUUGAAAAAGCAGCUGAAAUAUUGGAGAGAGAAGAACAUGAUAAAAUGUCCGCCGUGCCAAAGCUGAAGAGGAAGCUUUAUGAAAUGAGAGAACAAGAACGUGAGACUCUUAGAAAAAGCGCAUUGCGGGCCACUGAUAUUAAAUUCAUAUCUCACCGAAGGCAUGAAUUGGAUCCUGAUGCAGCUAAUGAGUCGAGCGUUCGGAAUGAAAAAGUAGAAAUGAAGUGGGGUCCAAAAGAAGCGGUAAGCAGUGAAGAGCAGCCGAACAAAAUGCAACAUCAGCGAAGUAUUUCAGGAAACUCUGGACAGGAUUGUGCUGAAAAGAAAGCUGAUGAACAGUCGAAAAAAGACCGCAAAAUUUUGAAAGAGAAAAAAAGUUGUAAAAAAAUGAAGAACAGAAAAAAAAGUAAAGAUGUUUUAAAAGACGUGGAUAUCGAUCAGUUGUUCGACAAAGCUGAGAAGGAACUCACUGAUUAUGCCUUAAAAAAAUGUGAACUUCUGAAAUUAGACGACGAAAAAAAUAAGCGUAGUCGGGAUCUUAUGCCGUCUGCCGCCGAAUCUGCAGUGAUCCCCAGACAAAAAGAAAAAGAAAUUGCUGCAAAAACAGAAGAAACAGUCACAGAUAUUUCUUUGGAUCCAAGGCAUUUUCUACAGAUUGAAACGAUGGCACUGCCACAGGUCUCGGCGAAUUUUGUUGAGGUUUUGGAAGACACUAAUCAGCAAGUAGAGGAUCAAGAGGAAAUCAUAGCCAAGGCGUUCGAAGAUGUCGAUGUUAUUGGUGAUUUCGAAGCUGAAAAAGAAGCUGCAGAAGCGGCAGAAAAUCCAAAAGAUAUCGAUCUAACACUUCAAGGAUGGGGUUCGUGGACCGGACCAGGGAUAACCAACAGGAAAAAGAACAGAUUUGUAAUCAAAGCGCCGAGAAAAAAGAGAAAAGAUGCUGGGAAAACAGGUUUGAUUAUAUCGGAAGCAGUGGAUCCAUCUAUUGAGAAAAUUCAGCUGAAAUCAAUACCAUUCCCUUAUACAACCGUUGAGGAUUAUGAAACUGUAGUGCGGCAGCCAUUAGGAAAGGAAUGGAAUCCACAACGAGUUCAUAUGAAGCUUAUUCGACCACAGAUUGUAACAAAAGCGGGUAGAAUAAUCAAACCACUGGGUAAGAGCGUAUUGGAGAACGAAUCUGACGAAGAGAAAUAA